CACGACUCAUCUUGCUUUCUCCAUCUUCUUUCUCUCAAUCCCACUGAUUAUCAGUGCGGAACAGCAAUGGCGAACCCCCAGACCCUCGAGGUCGAAAGCCAGAAGGCUGAGACCUCACGCACAAAGCAACACGACCCUGUGAGGGAACUUACUGCGAAGCCGGAGAAGCUGCAAUCAGAUGAAGCAAACGCAAUCAAAAAGGAAAGCAAAGAACAGAAGCCAUUCCGCCUCCUCGACCUUCCACCUGAGCUGUGGACGGAGAUCUGCAAACACGAGGUGGAGUCUGAUCAUCCUAUUCUCUUGAAACCUGGCAAGGAAGGUGUCGCCUUACGCCAGCCGGCCAUCUUGAAAGUCUGCCAUCAGAUCAGAAACCAAUGUCUUCCUCACUUUUAUCGGGCGAACCAAUUCGAAUACAUACCGGAGGUGCACAGCUGGCACAUCGGGUUCAGAGUGGACUCUGAGUUUGUGAGGGACUUCAAUCGACUCGUCUGCAUUCCGUCGUGGGACUAUCAUUUCUGGUUUCUGGAGAGAGUCAUGACGUCGGUGUCCGGGAUGUGGUGCGAGGACGUCUUGUCUGCACUGCAACGGGAACUCGAAACAGGAAAGGAUGAACGGACGCUGUCCCCGAGGACGAAGACGCUGCUUGAGAGGGGGGUCAAGGAGCUGCGAGUCGCCAAAGAACGAGAAGACCGUCGUUGACGUUGGAGAUUAGCACACGCUUGUCCUAAUGACGGAAAAGCGUGAUGCACAUCGGACGGUAGUCUGCAUAUCAGACGGAGGGUCUGCGUAGUAUGGCAACCGCAGCGAGUCUUCAGUACAUGAAAGCUCACUGUCAUCUCAAAAUUCCCUUCAAUCGCACUCUUUCCCCG